AUGACCAAGUCCUGCACAAAAGUCUGUGUUACAGGAGGCUCUGGAUAUGUCGGCUCCUGGCUCGUCAAGAACCUGUUAGAGAAAGGCUACACUAUCCAUGCAACAUUGAGAAACUUGGAGGACAAAUCCAAAGUAGGCUUACUCAAGUCCCUACCAAACGCAGACACCAAUUUAGUACUGUUCCAAGCUGAUAUAUACAAUCCCGAUGAGUUUGAUGACGCAAUUCAAGGGUGUGAAUUUGUUUUUCAUGUUGCCACUCCAAUGCAACAUUACCCCGAAAGCUCUCAGUACAAGGAUGUAGUGGAAGCAGCCGUUGCUGGAGUGAGGAGCAUAGCUAAUUCUUGCAUCAAAUCAAAAACUGUUAAGCGUCUCAUCUACACUGCAUCUGUGAUGGCAUCAUCUCCAUUAUAUGAAGAUGGAAGUGGCUUUAAAUCUUGUAUCGAUGAAUCCUGUUGGACUCCUUCUAAUCUCUCACUUACUUAUGCCGAUGAUUUUGUACUGGAAUAUACAAGAGCAAAAACAUUAGCAGAGAAAGAGGUUUUGAGUUAUAAUGAAAUUGGGGAUGCUAAACUUGAAGUGGUGACUCUUGUUUGUGGUCUAGUGGGAGGAGAGACUAUUCUUUCCCAUCUGCCGUUGAGUGUGCAAGUGGUUCUUUCACCAAUUUCAGGCAACUUAUUUGGGUACUAUCAAGGGUUGAAGUUUAUGGAAGAAGUUUUGGGUUCAGUACCCCUUGUUCACAUUGAUGAUGUUUGUGAAGCACAUAUAUUUUGCAUGGGAAAAGCAUCAAUGAAAGGAAGAUUCCUCUGUUCAGCUGCUGAUCCCAUUGUCCGGGAAAUUAAAGCUUACCUUGAACAAAAUCAUCCAGAAUUCGAGAUAGAUGAAAAAUUCAGAGAAGAACCAGAGGUCAGAAGAAUCAAAUGCGAUUCAUCAAAGCUGAAGAAGAUGGGCUUUGAGUACAAAUAUGACAUGGGGAAGAUCAUUGAUGAGAGCAUUGAAUGUGGAAAGAGGGUUCAUGACACUUUAGGAGGCCCAACAGGGCCUGAAAAGUCCAUUAUGGUUGCAAGAAUCUAUCGGUUCACCUCUGUCUCUGACUCCUAA